UAUUUAAAUCGUUACCUCUGAUGGAGGGGGCCUCGUAGAUAAUAUAACCGGCCCAUUACCACUAACACAUCGGCGACAUCACUUGUAACUUCCCGAAUCGCGCCUAACUCUACUGUCCGCAAAAAUGGAUAUGAGCACGGACCCGACAAUCGCACUUCUCAUCUCGGAGUCGGGGAAAGACGUACCGCACGCCAUAUACAGAAUUCCUCCGGGGAAAUGUUUGAUGCCGGAGACCUACUUGGACCAGUCGGAAAGAAUCAGGAACUUACGCGUGCGGCCGGACGACGUCUGGGUCAUCACGUAUCCGAAAUGCGGCACUACAUGGACUCAAGAGAUGGUCUGGUUGAUGAUGAACGACUUCGAUUUCGACCUGGCCAAAUCUAGUUUUCUCUAUCACAGAUCCGUAUUUUUGGAGUUCAACGCCAUUGGAGGAAUGUUACCGGAUGAGACCGAAGACAGCAUAACUAGAGUGGAAAAAGCUAAGUCACCAAGAGUAAUCAAGAGUCACCUCCCGAUAUACCUGCUUCCCAAACAGUUGUUCGAAGUAAAGCCAAAAAUAAUCUACGUGUACAGAAAUCCCAAAGAUGUCGCCGUUUCUUUUUUUCACCAUCACCAGGCUUGGCUGUCCUAUGAAGGCAGUAUGGAUCAUUUCGUACAAGCGUUUCUCGAAGACAAAGUUCUAUACGGCUCGUUCUGGGAAAACGUCCUUGAAUACUGGGAAAUGAGAGAUGAGCCGAACGUGCUGUUCAAUACAUACGAAGAGAUGAAAAAGGAUCUCGAAGGAGUAGCGAAACGCACGGCCGACUUCCUGAACGUCGUCAUUCCGGAAGACGUGAAGCGUAGAUUCUUGGAUCACCUCACCUUCAACAGCAUGAAGACCAACGAGUCUGUCAAUUACGAGAAACUACUCAAAAAGAGCAAGGCUGGCGGUUUUAUGAGGGAAGGAGUGGUCGGCAGCUGGAAAACGGCACUUUCAGAUAAGGAGAGCAAUGAAAUCGACGUGUGGAGCAGGUCGAAAAUAGCCAACUCCAAUUUUCCUUACAAUUAUUAGAUAUAUAAUAAUUCUUCAAAAAAGUUUGAGUAAGCUCAACAUUUUGAAUGAUAUUUAGCUCCCUAAGAUAACCCUGUCACAUCUCGAGGGGAAUUCUCACAAACCUCACUAGUAAACUUAAAAUAAAAUAAAAAGUUCGAUAUCUAGUAUUAGUAUUACUUAUUAUUAUUACUUAUAAAAAGUUUGAUGCCUAGUAUCAGUAUUACGUAUUUAAGUUAUGCCAAAGAUUGUUAAAAAAAAUACAACAGUAAUUCAAUGUAGAAAAUACAUAAGCUUAAAAGUUA